AUGUCCCAUCUAACUCCCCAAACUUCUAGCCAGCACCAUCUGCACGCUCAACAGAACCCUCUUUCGCCAAACUCUUUGAAGCAUAUUCAGCCUGAGCCUAUAACGUUGGAAGAUCUUGAAAAGUCCAUAUCCAAUUCUAAUUCUAAUUCUAUCUCACUUACACCUUCAGAUUCUAGUUUACCAUAUGGUUCUAAGCAUCAGUACCCCACACUCCGAAAGAUAGUGCACUACUUAGAGAAGACUCAAAAGUACACAGGCUACUUAUUCACUACCUUUGUCGGGAUCCACAUACUGUCGGUGAUCAUAGCGCCGGGGUUGGGAGUUCCUCUAAGUGCAUCACAGGAUUUGUUUGAGAUGGGCAGAGCUAUAUACCAACAAAUUCCCGGCAUGGAAUUUAUACUUGUGACGGGUUGUUCCAUUGCACACAUUGCAAGCGGAGUUGGGAAGAGACUAAUUCAGAGCUACAUUCGUAAUCAACGUAGAGGUGGUGCUGUUCUCAAGCUGAAGCUUGGAAACAAUGAUAUGCCGAUCUUCGACGAUCUGGAGAGAGAUGACAUCGGGUUCGGCGGAAUCACUGGACUCAUUGGUCUUGGGUAUAGGAAGUCUUGGAUAUCAAGACUAACCCCCAAUUUGACGCCGUUGACCUUCUCGGGAUACGUACUAAUCCCAGUGUUAGCAUAUCAUUUCAUCAAGUUUAGGUGGUCACCUGUACAAGUUGAUGGAGACUCGAGCUUGAUCUCGUUACAGUAUAUUAGUCACAUUUUACACUUUGAUGAAGUGUUUCCAAAGUACCAGAAGUUGUUAAAUUUCGCCGGCAUUGUCUUGUUGGUUUGGGUGGGUCUGUACCAUAUGAUUGGCGGGCUCUGGAAGAUUAGGCGAAGAUACAGCGCCAGAGAUAAGAAGUUGGGCUAUGUCAUAAUCAAUGGGCUCACGUUGUUGAGUGUGAUCAGUUUGUUAAGAUUCAGGAGGAUGUCGUUAGACACUGGGUUCAUGGCAAAGCUGUUCACAAAGUAUAUCAAGCACUUCCUCUGGUAA